CACAGGGGUUCCCUGGAACAGAGAGAGAGAGGGAUGGGGAAAGGAGAGGGAGAGGAAAAGAUAAAGCUGAAGGUAACGGGAGAACAGGGCUCUUGGGAUGCUCUAACUUUACUGAAGACAGCUGGGUUUUGUAAGUCGCUGCAGAGGCAACACUUUAAGUGACAGGCCUGAAGUCUUGACAGUCAUCAAAACAGUUUGGAUUUUGUUUUCCUGAUGGCCAUUUUUGCUGCAGUGUGAGGAACUGGAUUACCUCCAACUAUACGUAUAAGGACUUCCUGUCUGCUGUUAAGGGACACUGCCAUCUUGGUGCCAACUAACAGUCCUCCCCAAAGAGACUCCAACUCCACUUGCUGUUGGCAGGAUCAGUUGAGGAUUACUUGAAUCAUUUAACGUCCCAUGAGUUGCUGGGUUGAAGAGUUCUUUCCGGGUGAAACUAUGAUGAUGCUGUUAAAGUGAGGUGUUCCUCAAGAAGACACGUUCUCACUGACAUUUUGUCACUGUGCUCCAGAAACACCCGAUAUUUGCCCUCAUUUGGAACUAUGCCCUACCCAUUUUCUCUCUCUCUGCCCUACCUUGCACCACGCUCAGUCUUUUUCUUUGGACUUCUGCUUCUGGUCCACUGGGGGCCCUCGGAGGUCAGUUGCCAGAAUGACACGGAGCCAAUCGUGCUGGAGGGAAAGUGUUUGGUGGUAUGCGACUCCACCCCUUCUGCGGAGCCAUCGGGUAACGCUCUGGGCAUGUCGGUGAGGUCAGGAACCGGUCGGGUGGCGUUUUCAGCCAUUCGAAAUACUAACCAUGAACCCUCAGAGAUGAGCAACCGCACCAUGACCAUCUACUUUGACCAGAUCCUAGUAAACGUUGGCAGCCAUUUUGAUCCAGCGAGGAGCAUCUUCGUGGCCCCGAGAAAAGGAGUCUACAGUUUCAGCUUUCAUGUUGUCAAAGUUUACAACCGGCAGACAAUACAAGUGAGUUUGGUUCUCAAUGGCUGGCCAGUGAUUUCAGCCUUUGCAGGUGAUCAGGACGUGACCAGGGAAGCUGCCACCAAUGCCGGGCUGGUGAUGAUGGAGAGAGGGGACAAGGCAUACCUCAAACUGGAGAGGGGGAACCUAAUGGGAGGGUGGAAGUACUCCACGUUCUCUGGGUUUCUGGUGUUCCCCUUGUAGAUUAAGGCUGAGGUAUACACAGCUGUGUUUUUGUCAUUGGAUUCAGUCAAACUGAUCUGAUGCAUCAGCAUAUGUAUUAAAUGAAUGGUUGAAUUCACUCAGCAGCAAAUAAUCCUGAAUGUAAUUUCCAUUUCUAUUGCACUUUUAUGACUCACUGUGGUCUGACUGUAAUGUGUCGUCAUGCUUGCUUACACCAGCCUGUCAGAGGUUUGUGAUUUUAUUUUAUGCAUGAAAAACAGGAUGGUAAAUCUUUGUGGCAAUAAAUAUUAUUGUAUCUGUUCUCUGCCUCUUUCCAAAUCUAUUCUUUCAUCUCGCUGAACUACAUUUCCCAUAAUUUUAGGGCUUUGGGGGAUUCAAACCGGAAGUGCAUUGUUGCCAUGGAGUGCGCUAACUUGACCCCCUGUGCUUCUUUUUUAGCUUAAUUUUGUUGACAUUUCGGGAAAAUUGCUCCAAUUAAAUUAUGCCGAAUUAGUUAUCAGAAGUUCAUGUUUGCAUUGUACCCAUAUAUGUAGAGACAACUAUCGCUGGAGACGUUUGUUACUGAAGAAAAGUUAAAAAUGUAACGAUUCUCAGGCAAGUUCGGCGGUUUCGAGCAGUGUGGUCUUUCCUGUGAUUUCCAAGCGGAUUUAUGGGCUUUAAUCCAAGGUCGACAUCGGAGAUAAUGACAUCCU